AGAUCGUUCUCUUUCUAUCUUUCUAGAUCCUCCUAAACCAUGGGGUCUCUUCCGCCGUCGUCGUCGUCGGACCUCCACCUCCACCCACAUUCUUCCUCCAAAUCCGCAAUUGACGAAACUACCCUCCUAAACCUCUUCAAAUCCCAGCAGAGCCACCUCAACUUCUUCUUCCAGCACCUGGACCUCUCUCAGACCCUCGCCUUCACCACCACCCUCCUCCACUCCUCCGGCACCAUCUUCUUCUCCGGCGUCGGCAAGUCCGGCUUCGUCGCCAACAAGAUCUCCCAGACCCUCGUCUCCCUCGGCAUCCGCUCCUCCUUCCUCUCCCCCCUCGACGCCCUCCACGGCGACAUCGGCAUCCUCGCCGCCGAUGACGUCCUCGUCCUCUUCAGCAAGUCCGGCAACACCGAAGAGCUCCUCCGCCUCGUCCCCUGCGCCAAGGCCAAGCGCGCCUUCCUCAUCUCCGUCACCUCCGUCGCCGGCAACGCCCUCGCCUCCGUCUGCGACAUGAACGUGCAUUUGCCGCUGGAGCGCGAGCUCUGCCCCUUCGAUCUGGCUCCGGUCACCUCCACCGCCAUCCAGAUGGUCUUCGGCGACACCGUCGCCAUCGCCCUCAUGGGCGCCAGAAACCUCACCAAGGAGCAGUACGCCGCCAAUCACCCCGCCGGCCGCAUCGGCAAGUCUCUCAUCUUCAAGGUGAGAGAUGUGAUGAAGAAAGAAGAGGAAUUACCGGUGUGCAAGGAAGGGGACAUGAUAAUGGAGCAAUUGGUGGAGCUAACAAGCAAGGGAUGCGGCUGCUUGCUUGUGAUCGACGAUGAUCGUCACCUGAUCGGCACAUUUACCGAUGGAGAUCUCCGGCGCACUCUCAAGGCCAGCGGAGAGGCCAUCUUCAAGCUCACUGUUGGGGAAAUGUGCAACAGGAACCCAAGGACUAUCGGGCCGGACGCAAUGGCCGUCGACGCAAUGCAGAAGAUGGAAGCUCCUCCUUCCCCUGUGCAGUUCUUGCCUGUCGUCGAUGAGCAGAAUGUUGUGAUUGGCAUUGUUACUCUGCAUGGAUUGGUUUCGGCUGGCCUUUGAUACGUCUUUACCCGCGCUCACUGUCUAUGUCCAUUGUUGUUCUACUUGCUCCAUUUUUGAUUCCUGUGUUUAGCAUUUGUAUUCAUUGUGAUCGAUGAAACGAUGAUGAUGAUUCCUUUGUAUACUAAAAUCUGAAGCAACCCCUUAGGGUUCAUUUGUACUAGUGCUACUAUUCUUCUUGGUGUUGUAGAAGGAUAUGAGCUUUUCAUAUGAUUCUUUGUAUGUCUUCACUAUCUGGUUGCAAUUACACCAGUAUUCUUCUUGGUGUUGUAGAAGGAUAUGAGCUUUUCAUAUGAUUCUUUGUAUGUCUUCACUAUCUGGUUGCAAUUACACCAGUAUUAAUAUACCAAAUUUCAGUGCC